AUGCCUCUCUCAAAGGAUCUCCUUUAUCCCUCUCCAGAAGAGGAGAAAAGGAAACACAAGAAGAAGCGCCUGGUACAGAGCCCCAAUUCCUAUUUCAUGGAUGUGAAAUGGCCAGGGUGCUAUAAAAUCACCACCGUCUUUAGCCAUGCACAAACAGUAGUUUUGUGUGUUGGCUCUUCUACCGUCCUCUGCCAGCCUACAGGAGGAAAAGCAAGGCUUACAGAAGGGUGCUCUUUUCAGACGGAAGCAGCACUAAAAGCCCGUGGAAUCAAGAUGAAUGGGAAACCAUCCCAAUAA